UCGAGGUGACGCGUGUCGUCCCCGCUGUUUCUCCCCAGUCUCCAGUGUGGAUUUACAUACCCUGAUAUCCGUGGGACUGGGAAGCGAAAGAGGAGGGUGGCGAUUCUUUCAGGAACUGAGGAAUCAACCACAAACAGCGCAAUUUUACAUAAUUAAAACGUGUUGCCCCUUUGUCGGUUGUCUCGAGCCUUCUUACCUCGGUCGGAAGAAAAGUUUAUGCUACUUUCUCUGCGCUUCUCUCACUGGAUUAUUUUCUAGACUGGAGGAAGGCUGGGGGGUUCUUGAAGAAGUCUGGAAGCAGUUUGAGUUGAACCCGGUUUGAAGGGCUGUGGCCAUGGCCGGGGGUGGUGGUGUUUGUCCGUUGGGGCCCGCACCGCCGAUGUGGUAUCACCGGGACCUGAGUCGAGCGGCGGCCGAGGAGCUGCUAGCUCGGGCCGGGAGAGACGGCAGCUUCCUGGUGCGGGACAGUGAGAGUGUCAACGGGGCUUACGCUUUGUGUGUACUUCUGUCUCUUGGUGUAUCUCUCCUUGAAUAUUCUCCUCCCUCUUCAUUUCAGACAUCUCAGGGCGUGCAGCCCAAGCGAUUUAAGACGUUACCAGAGUUGGUGCUGUUGUACUUGCAGCCCAGCCAAGGUCUGGUCACCACCCUUCUCUAUGCUGUGGACAGAGAGGAAAUGGCUGUCAACGAUGAUAGGGACUAUUCAGAUGGGGAAGAUGAGAAGCCACCCCUCCCCCCUCGUUCUGCCUCCACCUCCACUCCCCCUGGAGCAGACACACUCCCAGACAGUGCUCCAGCAUCUAAUGGCCUGAGCACAAUCUCCCAUGAGUACCUGAAGGGCAGCUAUGCUCUGGACCUAGAGGCAGUCAAACAGGGAGCCUGCGCCCUGCCUCACCUCAACAAGACACUAGUGGCCUCUUGCAAACGCCUUAAUGGGGAGGUAGAUAAGGUUCUGUCUGGUCUGGAGAUCCUGUCUAAAGUCUUUGAUCAGCAGAGUGCUUUUAUGGUCUCCAAGAUGAUCCAGCAGUCGGUGAACCAUGGUGGAGACCAAGAGUUGGAGAACCUUGUGACCAAGCUGGCAAUUCUCAAAGACCUGCUGUCCUCCAUAGAGAAGAAGGCUCUGAAAGCUCUCCAGGACAUGAGUUUGGCCUCGCCAUGUACCCUUCCUCCUCUCUCCAUGCGUCACAGCAAAGCCAUCCCUGUGCAGGCCUUCGAGGUAAAGCUGGAUGUUUACCUGGCAGAGCUGACAAAGAUAGGAAAGAGCCAGAAGUACACUCUGUCUGUGGACGUGGAGGGAGGACGACUGGUAGUGAUGAAGAAGGUGAAGGACAGCCAAGAGGACUGGACCACCUUCACACAUGACAAAAUCCGUCAGCUGAUCAAGUCUCAGCGGGUGCAGAAUAAACUGGGCAUUGUUUUUGAGAAGGAGAAGGACAAGAGCCAGCGGAAAGACUUCAUCUUUACUAGUGCCAAGAAGCGGGAGGCAUUUUGCCAGCUGCUGCAGCUGAUGAAGAACAAACAUUCCAACCAAGACGAACCAGACAUGAUUUCCAUCUUCAUAGGCAGCUGGAAUAUGGGCUCAGUGCCUGCGCCAAAGUCUCAGGCCUCAUGGGUGUUGUGUCGUGGCCUCGGGAAAACUCUAGACGAGAUGACGGUCACCAUCCCUCAUGACCUUUAUGUGUUUGGAAGCCAAGAAAACUCUGUGUGUGAUCGCGAGUGGGUGGAGUCACUACGUGCCAUGUUGAAAGAACAGACAGAACUGGAUUAUAAACCGAUCGCAGUGCAAACUCUGUGGAACAUAAAAAUUGCUGUGUUAGUGAAACCUGAACACGAGAACCGGAUCAGCCACGUGGGAAUGUCCAGUGUCAAGACAGGCAUCGCCAACACACUGGGCAACAAAGGAGCUGUGGGUGUGUCCUUUAUGUUCAACGGGACAUCUUUUGGCUUUGUGAACUGUCACUUGACAUCAGGGAAUGAGAAGAUUGCCAGGAGGAACCAAAACUACCUAGAUAUCCUCCGCCUGCUGUCACUAGGAGACAAACAACUUAGCUCUUUUGACAUCUCACUGCGCUUCACACACCUCUUCUGGCUGGGAGACCUCAACUACAGGCUGGACAUGGACAUACAGGAGAUUUUGAACUACAUUAACAGGAAGGAGUUUGAUCCGCUGCUGAAGGUGGACCAGCUCAACCUGGAGAGGGAGAAGAAUAAAGUAUUUCUUCGCUUUGCGGAGGAAGAGAUCUCAUUCCCACCCACCUAUCGUUAUGAACGUGGUUCAAGGGACACAUAUGUCUGGCAGAAGCAGAAGGCCACAGGGAUGAGGACUAAUGUUCCGUCCUGGUGUGACAGGAUCCUGUGGAAGUCAUACCCAGAAACACACAUUGUCUGCAACUCCUAUGGCUGUACAGAUGAUAUCGUGACCAGUGAUCAUUCCCCGGUGUUUGGUACCUUCGAGGUUGGGGUGACCUCCCAGUUUGUCUCCAAGAAAGGUCUGCCAAAGUCUUCAGAGCAGGCCUACAUUGAGUUUGAGAGCAUCGAAGCCAUAGUGAAGACAGCGAGCAGAACCAAGUUCUUCAUAGAAUUCUACUCCACUUGUCUGGAAGAGUUUAAGAAGAGUUACGAGAACGACAGUCAGAGCAGUGACAACGUAAACUUCCUGCGCGUGGGCUGGUCCAACAAGCAGCUAACAACGCUCAAACCUCUUCUCUCGGAGAUCGAGUACCUGCAGGACCAACAUUUACUGCUGACUGUGAAAUCACUGGAUGGAUACGAGUCCUACGGAGAGUGUGUGUUGGCUCUGAAGUCAAUGAUUGGGAGCACAGCACAGCAGUUCCACACCUACCUGUCCCACCGUGGCGAGGAAACAGGAAAUAUCAGGGGGUCCAUGAGGGUCAGAGUCCCCUCCGAAAGGAUGGGAACCAGGGAGAGACUCUACGAGUGGAUCAGUGUGGACAAGGAUGAGACGGGUGGACCUAAAGGGAAGUCCACUUUGGGAUCCAGAGUGGGACAUGAAUACGUCAAGCCAUCUGUGGUUCGUAAACAGCUUGGAGAGCUGGGAAAAGUCAGUGAGGAGGGAGAAAGGAGCAGCAAAGAGGAAACCGCUGCAAGGCCUAAACAAGAUGCUCCCGACGGCGAUCCAUCCAUCUGCAAGAACAGCUACAAUAAUCCCGCCUACUACAUCCUGGAGGGCGUUCCCAACCAGUCAGCAGCUUCUCUUUCACCUGAGCCACUCCCAUGUUCAGCCUCCGCAAACCCCCAGGUAGCUAAAGCCCCUCCCCCCUCAGCUGGAGCUCGAACCAAACCCCCCUUUGUGGCCUCAGGGCCCUCUCACCCACGCAGACCCAUGACGGGGCACCCGGUCCGCACUAUUAACGAGGAGGGCUCCUCAGAGGAAGAUGGAAGCCCUUGUGGAACAGGAGCACAGGGGGUUGGUGUCGGAACAACAGUUGGAAGCACACUGAAUCGACCCCCUCCUGACUUUCCCCCUCCUCCUCUCCCUAAGGGAGCCCUGGAGAUGGUUUCAGAAGCCCCGUUCUCCAAACCUCGCCCUCUUUACCCAGACCUAGCCGAGGUCAGGAUACCAGCAGCCAGUCCUGCUGCCCCGCUGGCCCUCGGAGAGGGUUUUAGACGAGGAGGAGGAGGAGGAGGAGGAGCAGGGGCGUUGGACGACCAGUCGUGUUCUGUGCUCCAGAUGGCAAAGACACUGAGUGAGACUGAGUUUCCUGGGCAGCCUCCACGCGCCCCGUCUGCACCGCCACCUCUAAGAGGGCAGCCAAUGGGUUUAGGUCUGGACGCCUGCCGUACUUUCCCACCCAGAAAUGCCAUCACAGAGAGUAUCGCAGAGGACAUGCCUGAGGAGGCACUGUGGGGCAGCAGUAGCUCAUCUCUGUCUGUUGGGGAAUCUUCAGUGGGGGAGUGGUUGCAGAGACUGGGACUGGAGAGGUAUGAGCAGGGUCUCCUGCACAACGGCUGGGACGACCUGGAGUUCCUCAGUGACAUCACUGAGGAGGACCUGGAGGAGGCGGGAGUGCUCGACCCCGCCCACAAGCAAAUCCUGCUGGAGAGCCUCCGGCAGCAGCAGCAGAAAUGAACCAUUUCAAACUGGUCUAUGACUGGUCCAAACUGGCCGGGUACCAGAACUGGGUCCCAAGAGACCAGAUUUCAACUGAACUGAGCUGAGCUGGAAUGUGCCAAUUAAUGCCAGACUGUGCCUUCUGAGAGAAAUUGCACUCCAUUUGUACUU